UUUUGGUGAAUGUUAUUGAUUUCAACAAUUUGAUCUGUCUUCAAAUGUCUUCAAUCUUUCAUUAAAAGUUUACUGAGUUGAUGCUGUUUCAGACACUGGGUAACUCAAAAGUAACCUAUAGCUCCAGUCUUGGAGGGAUUUUAUAAUUCUUUUCACAUUUAAGAAAUUCUCCAUUGAUAGAUUUUGAAAAUAACUUUUUGUUCUGGUGAUCUGUAUAAAACAGCACCACCUCUCAAUAGAUGUGCUGCUCUACAUGUGCCCGAAAGCAAGUAUGAAUGCAUUUUAGUACUGCACGUGAAGGUUGUGCCAUUUUUUCAUCUACCAAAGCACACAUGCUUGGCGUUUUCAUUUUGCUAGUAGUAAUGAAAUUGUGCUUAUUCUUCUUGUAUUGCCUUAUACUUGCCUUUUGGGCUGUUCUUUUAGAGUUGGGGGUUAUAAUUACAGAAAUGCUGAGGGUACCACCAACCAGACCAAACCAAACCAGCAUUCAUUUCUGUAAGGCACCAGUUAAUGAGGAUGAUCACAGCACAACUCACCCGUCUAUGGGGGGAGGGGUUGUUUGUUUUUCUGUCCACCUUAGUAAACUGUUAUGUGCAGUAGUACCACAGUUCACAAAUGCUUCUGUUCUCAAACAAUUCGGUUUGCAAACAGAAACUUUUGGCAGAAUUUUGCCACUGUUUGCAAACUCUGCAUGGUCUAUGACAAACAGGAUGGUGGCCCUCUUGCCACACAAGCAAGAGUGCAGUCAUCUUCCCCAUAGGAGCACGGCCAUGACUAUCUUGUCUUCCCCAGAAUCAGGGAACAAGCUCAUGACCUGAGCGCCACUGUAUUACCUGUAGAGGUUACCUUCUUCACAAUGAUUCCCUGCAGAGCAGUGUUCACUUUUGCCCGAUGUCUGAUCCGGAGAAAAAUUGUCACUGUGGACAGUCUAGAAGACUCCAAACUCUGCCGCUGCCUAACCACCAUGGACCUCAUUGCCCUGGGGGUUGGAAGCACUCUGGGUGCUGGGGUUUAUGUUCUUGCUGGGGAAGUCGCCAAAGCAGACUCUGGCCCGAGCAUCGUCGUGUCCUUCCUGAUCGCCGCCUUGGCAUCCGUGAUGGCAGGCCUUUGCUAUGCCGAGUUUGGAGCCCGAGUCCCCAAGACUGGGUCUGCCUAUUUGUACACUUAUGUUACUGUUGGUGAGCUGUGGGCCUUCAUCACUGGCUGGAAUCUUAUUUUAUCUUAUGUUAUAGGUACAUCAAGUGUCGCAAGAGCAUGGAGUGGCACCUUUGAUGAAUUACUUAACAAACAGAUUGGUCAUUUUUUCAAGACCUACUUCAAAAUGAAUUAUACUGGCCUUGCAGAGUAUCCAGACUUUUUUGCUGUGUGCCUUAUAUUACUUCUGGCAGGUCUCCUGUCUUUUGGAGUAAAAGAGUCUGCAUGGGUGAAUAAAUUCUUCACAGCUGUAAAUAUCUUAGUCCUUCUCUUUGUCAUGGUUGCUGGGUUUGUGAAAGGAAAUGUAGCUAACUGGAAAAUCAGUGAAGACUUCCUCAAAAAUGCAUCAGCAAGUGCCAGAGAAUCGCCUUUUGAAAAUGGAACAAGUAUCUAUGGGGCUGGAGGCUUUAUGCCUUAUGGCUUUGCAGGAACCUUGGCUGGUGCAGCAACUUGUUUUUAUGCAUUUGUGGGAUUUGACUGCAUUGCAACAACUGGUGAAGAAGUCCGGAAUCCCCAGAAAGCUAUUCCUAUUGGAAUAGUGACUUCUUUGCUUGUCUGUUUUAUGGCCUAUUUUGGGGUCUCUGCAGCUUUGACACUUAUGAUGCCAUACUAUCUCCUUGAUGAAAAAAGUCCCCUUCCGGUAGCAUUUGAGUAUGUUGGAUGGGGUCCUGCCAAAUAUGUUGUUGCAGCGGGCUCCCUCUGUGCACUGUCAACAAGUCUUCUUGGAUCCAUUUUUCCAAUGCCUCGUGUAAUCUAUGCUAUGGCGGAGGAUGGGUUGCUUUUCAAAUGCCUAGCUCAAAUCAAUUCCAAAACGAAGACACCAAUAAUUGCUACUUUAUCAUCGGGUGCAGUGGCAGCUGUGAUGGCAUUUCUUUUUGACCUGAAAGCCCUGGUGGACAUGAUGUCCAUUGGCACACUGAUGGCCUAUUCCCUGGUUGCAGCCUGUGUGCUCAUCCUCAGGUACCAGCCUGGUUUAUGUUACGAGCAGCCCAAAUAUCCCCCUGAAAAGCAAGGCCUGGAAUCUUGUACCAGUGCGGCCUCAAAGAGCGAGUCACAGAUCACCAUGCUACAAAGACAUGGCUUCAGCCUGCAAGCCCUCUUCAGCCCCUCUGCUCUGCCUACGAGACAGUCAGCGUCUCUCGUGAGCUUUCUGGUGGGAUUCCUGGCAUUUCUUGUGCUGGGCCUGAGUAUUCUGACCACUUAUGGAGUGCAAGCUAUCUUGAGGCUGGAGGGCUGGAGCCUCGCCCUUCUUGUGCUGUUCCUUGUUUUCUCCAUUGCUGUUGUUCUCACCAUUUGGAAGCAGCCACAGAAUCAGCAAAAAGUAGCCUUCAUGGUUCCAUUCUUACCAUUUUUGCCAGCAUUCAGUAUCCUAGUGAACAUUUAUCUGAUGGUCCAGUUGAAUGCAGACACCUGGGUCAGAUUCAGCAUUUGGAUGGCACUUGGUUUCCUGAUUUACUUUGCUUAUGGCAUUAGACACAGCCUGGAGGGCAACCCAAGGGAUGAAGAAGAAGAUGAAGCUUAUUCUGACAUUAAUGCAACAAUAGAAGAAAAAUCUGCUAUUCAAGCAAAUGACCACCACCCAAGAAAUCUUAGUUUACCUUUCAUAUUCCAUGAAAAGACAAGUGAAUGCUAAUGCUUGUAGGGGCGGACUGGGUCCGCAGUCUUAACGUGCAUGUCCUACAUUGAGUAGACCAUGACAGUACGUCAUCAUCCUGCUAGAUUGUCAUGGGCUUGCUGCAUACAUAAUUCACCAUAAUUUAUACUUACUCAUCUAACCGACAUCUCCUUAUAUGGUGAAUUAUGGGUUCUCUCCUCAGCAAUGAAUAUCCCCAAAAUAGUGUGAGUGUGUAUGUGGUUGGGAACAUAAAUGUUAAGACUCAGUUGGUGUUUUACUCUUGUCUUGUGACAUUAGUCCGGUCUUGUCGUAAUUGGUGGUAUAUCACUGAAAAGUGAUUUGUGUAUGCCCUGUGGUUGGGAAGUAAUAGUUGCUUUUCUUUAUUACUGUAGGCCUCAUCAGUGUCAGUUUAGACAUGGUUAAGAGGGUUACCCAUCCUGAUUUCUAACCUUGGACAGGGAUCAGUUGAGGGAAUUAGAGGUGAGCCUUUUUCUAUAAGUUACAAAUGUCAGCAAUGGGUUUAUACAAAUAUGUUUUCCUACAUGGUAUGAUACUUGCUUAAACUGUAGCCAGUAAGACUACUUGCUCCUGCUGCAUUAUAGGACAGAGUGGCAUGCCACGUCACUGUUGGCAUCCUUCUGAAUUCCUGACUUUGUAAGCCUGUGGUCCUUAAAUACAAGGCCUUCACCUGCUGUGAAUGUUAUAUCCCCUCCUCCCAAUGAGGAGCUUAGGAGAGGUACUGUGAUCUAAUUGGGACCCUUAAAACUAAAAAGACACAAACACUAGUGUCAGUGGCUAUGAGGCUGUCUUUGAAAAUCAGAGUUGGACAUGUGCUUGGAUAAGUAGACAUCAGAGUUCCCUCUUUUAAAGUAAUUAAACCAGUAAAUCUCCCACAGUGGUAGAAUGAUCCAUGUUUUUUCCUAUCACCUAACAUCUAAGCACGGUUCACCUGUCUUAACCUCAUCAGGUGCAGAAUUCACUCCUUUGUUUCUACUUGUUUUAUCCUAGAUGUGGGGGCAUACAGAAGUGACUUCUGUUUUCACAGUGUGUACUAGAGGAAUGUUGGAGAAAGUUAUCAUAUUCUGAUGUUAAGUGGUCUACCUAAGCAUUAAAGAAUUCUUUGAUCCAUUUAAGUGAUUUAGGUCUAAUUUGCUUCUGAUGUUCUCUUGGAAACAGGUAUGAUUUUCUCUCCCACACAUAAAUAUUUACACUUUUUAUUUUAAAUGUGCAACUAAGGCUAUUAAUACAAGAUCCAAUAUUCUACAUUAAGUCAGUGAGUAGGAAAAAUACUUUGGCUUAAGAACAUGAUUAUUUAAAAUAUCAAGCUAAAAAGUUAGCCAAAUUGAAUUAAAACUAUACAAACACAAUGACCGUUGUAUGUGAGUAAAAAAAAAAAAAUUGGUGUAAGAUUCUUGAAUUAGUAUUACUUUUUCAGUUUAUUAUCUUCACUGUGUUUUUCUCUUAAUGAAUUUUUUGUACGAAUAGUUUAUUAGAUGAAGCUAGAUGCUGGACGCUUACAUGUGAGUGACUUUCCCAGGACAUUAUAGGGAUCAUUACCAAGCAUACUAAUUAUUAUUAUUAUUUUUGUAAUCCAAAGGCAAA